AUGGAUGCCACCGGCAACAUGUUCUGUGAUUCUGAUCUUGUUAACCCUCUAAGCUCAAUGGGGAUGCAAGUGGCAUGCAUUCUUGUUGUCUCACACUUCUUCAAUGUUGUGCUAAAAACAAUGGGUCAAACUGGCCCUGUUGCACAAAUUCUGGCUGGUUUGGUACUAGGACCAAUGUCACAUAUUAAUUAUAUAAAGAAAACUUUUUUCCCUGCAAGUUCAAUAAACUACUAUGAAGUUGUGAGCUUCUUCUGCCGCAUACUCUUCAUGUUCUUGUUUGGUUUAGAGAUGAACAUUCAUUACACACUGCGGAAUUGGCGUCUAGUAUGCUUGGUGGCUUGUGGUGGUGGAUUAAUGGGUGCUAUCUUUGGUAUUUCUGUCUCUUUUUAUUUGUACCAAGAGUUACAAUCCAAUGCACCUAUGCAAUAUUUUUGUAUGAUCAUCAUGCUUGUCAUAUCAUACACAAGCUCCCCUAUGGUCAUUCGUCUGGCGGCCGAGUUGAGGUUUGGUGCGUCCGACGUCGGCCGGAUCGCCGUGUCUGCUGCCGUGAUCACAGAGAUGGGAUGCUUGGUGUUCUUCAAUAUAAUGGUUAAUUUCAAUAAGAAAAGAUUCUUCUAUAGUUUUGCUUGCGUUUCAGUCACUGGCGUAGUCAUUGUUAUAAACAGGUACUUAGCCGUUUGGUUGAAUGGGAGAAACCGAAACCAAAAGUACCUGAAGGCUCCUGAGCUGUUACUAAUCUUGUUUUUGCUUCUAGUGAGUUCCAUGGUCAUAGAAAUUUGGGGUUUCAACAGUAUUCUUAACUGUUUCUUGAUAGGCCUUGCAUUUCCAAGGGAAGGCAAAUCAGCUAGAACACUUCUCCAUAAACUCGGCUAUUCAAUUUACAAUUUUGUCCUUCCAGUCUACUUUGGAUACUUAGGGUUACAAUGCGACAUUAUCAACGCUUUCUGGAACUUGAAUCGCUUGACCAAUGUCGCCAUCUUGGUCCUGUUAGGGAUUGGAAGCAAGCUCAGUGGCACUCUUCUUGUGUGCCGUUACCUUCAGUAUCCAACUAGUGAAGGAAUCUUCCUUGGAUUUGUCUUGAACACACGAGGCUAUGCUGAUCUUCUCUUUAUUGGUGCUUCUGCUAAGCAAGUUAUUGUGAAAGCUUACAAUGUGUUGCUAGUAUCAAUAGUACUCAACACAGUCAUAUCUGGGAUAACUGUGGCUUUUCUAUCAAGAGGGGAAGAGAGAUUGUUUGUAACAAACCAUACUGCAUUGGAGCCACAGAGCUUGGAAGAUGAGCUUCGAAUUCUGGCUUGUGUAUACGAUCCUCGCCAAGUGUCUGCAGUAUUAUCCACAGUUCUAGCAUUACAUGGCAAUAAGCAAACACCAUCGACCACCUAUUUGAUGCAUUUGAUAGAGCUUGUUAAGAAGAUCAAGACUAACGUGCUGUUUCAUGAAAAGGAAACCGCCGAGAUUAGCGACGACGAAGACUAUGGUGGCAAUGAUGUGGUGGAUAUUAAUAAUGCAUUAGAUGCUUUCACUGCAGACACAAAGGUUUUGGUACACCAAAGAAGGGCAGUGUCUUCUUUCUCAACUCUUUAUGAAGAUGUUUGCAAUGAUGCAGAAGAUCUUCAGGUAUCAAUCAUUAUACUUCCCUUUCACAAGCACCAGCGAAUUGAUGGAAAACUGGAGAGUGGAAAAGAAGGGAUAAGAAUUACAAACCAGAAAGUUCUAAGGCAUGCUCCUUGUUCUAUUGGUGUGAUUAUUGAAAGAGGACUUGCCAGAUCCCCUGGUUUCUCAAAUCUAAUUUCAUCUGAUAACAUACAAAAUGUUGCAACACUUUUCUUUGGCGGCGCAGAUGAUCGUGAGGCGAUUGCUUGGAGCUUACGAAUCUCCAAGCAUCCGCGCGUCAAUCUGACAAUAAUUAGAUUCUUGCUGUCCUCUUCUGCUGUACAAAAUGAACAGAUCAAAAGUGGAGAAUCCGAGGAAAAAGAGAUUUUGAUGUCGCUGACUGGAGAAGAGACGGUGAAUGAGAUUGAUAACACAUUCAUGGUUGAUUUCUAUAACAGGUAUGUGACUUCAGGCCAAAUUGGAUAUGUGGAGAAGUUUGUACAUGAUGGAGCAGAAACAUUAGAAUGUUUAAAAGAGAUUGGGGAUUUAUACGCUUUGUUUAUAGUAGGAAGGGGUGGUAGAGGGCAAUGUUCAUUAACAAUUGGUAUGAGUGAUUGGGAAGAGUGUCCUGAACUUGGUACAGUUGGUGAUAUUUUGGCUUCUUCAGAUUUUGAUAUUCAAGGCUCAGUUUUAGUGGUUCAACAACACAGAGAUGCCAAGAAAGGCAUAAUAAGUGAUUAGUGUUAUUAAAAGUACAAUUUAGUUACCCUUAGGCUUAUUCUUGUACUUAGUUUUUCAUGAACAUAUGUGUAUAAAUGAAAAUUUUUU